UACGGCCUCCUCCACGUCUCCUGAUGUACUGGCCUGUCUCCUGGUAGCGCCUCCAUGCUCUGGACACUACGCUGACAGACACAGCAAACCUUCUUGCCACAGCUCGCAUUGAUGUGCCAUCCUGGAUGAGCUGCACUACCUGAGCCACUUGUGUGGGUUGUAGACUCCGUCUCAUGCUACCACUAGAGUGAGAGCUCCGCCAGCAUUCAAAAGUGACCAAAACAUCAGCCAGGAAGCAUAGGAACUGAGAAGUGGUCUGUGGUCACCACCUGCAGAAUCACUCCUUUAUUGAGGGUGUCUUGCUAAUUGCCUAUAAUUUCCACCUUUUGUCUAUUCCAUUUGCACAACAGCAUGUGCAAUUUAUUGUCAAUCAGUGUUGCUUCCUAAGUGGACAGUUUGAUUUCACAGAAGUGUGAUUGACUUGGAGUUACAUUGUGUUGUUUAAGUGUUCCCUUUAUUUUUUGGAGCAGUGUAUUAUUUUAUUUUACAGAUUUUUUAUUUUUAUUUUUCCGUUAUUUUACCAGGUAAGUUGACUGAGAACACGUUCUCAUUUGCAGCAACGACCUGGGGAGUAGUUACAGGGGAGAGGAGAUAAAAAAAUAUAUAAUAAAUGACCCUUUCCAUGUGGCCCGGUGGUUGGGAACAGCUGAUCAUAUUAUUGUCAUAUUAUUGUUUGUUGUUUAAUUAGUUAAAACCUGUAUUUCCCCCCUAGCAGAGAUUUUUUUAUUUUUUGCAUGUUUCAGUGCAAAAAGAAAGUGUCACCUUUUUGGGCACUCACCGGUUUGCAUCCCUGGAAAAUGUAUGCACUCACUUCUGGACUCUGGAUAUGAACGUCUGCUAAAUGACUAAAAUGGUCCAGAAGAACAUGCUGAUGGACCUCAGUAAGGAGAUCAUGAUGGACCUGGGCAUCACUGUCAUCGGUGACAUUAUUGCCAUCCUCAAACACGCCAAACAGGUCUACCGACAGGACAUGUGCAAAAUGGCCACACAGGCCAUAACCUCAGGACAGUCCAGCGUUCAGACCGAACUCCGAAGAACUGCCAACACCCCCGCCACACGUAUGAUUGCCAACGCCUUAAGCCGCGACUCACCGCCAAGCACACCAGCCCAUCACCCUGACAACCGGGCAAUCUCUGUGACAGUGUCCAACAAACAGGCCAAGAGUGGCAAAGCAGUGCUGAGCCGGCCUGCUGACGAGGGGAGCGGUCUGCCGGUGAAGCGUCGGCGCGUGACUGCAGAGAUGGAAGGCAAGUACAUCAUCAACAUGCCCAAAGGCACCACGGCACGCACCGCCCGAAUCCUGGCCCAGCAGGCCAAGAAAGGGAACAAGCGGAUGUCCGUGUUUGAGCGACUGGGAGCCGAGUCCAAGGCAGAUACCACCACGGGUAGCAGCAAGGCCACGGGUGUGUUCAGUCGUCUGGGCCGAGCAGACGGCGCGGAGGAGGAGCAGGGAACAGCAGGAAGGGUUGAUGUAGACGGAGUGGAAGAGGAGGAGGAGGAUGAUAGUGACGGAGAGGGUUCGGUCCUACAGUACGCUGGCGUCCUCAAGCGACUCCCACCCUCCCAGAAGAAAGAGCCUGGGGCCCCCAAGCUGGCCCCCACCACCCUCCGCCGCCUGGGAGGGAAAUUCAAACUCCCCCCCACUGAUUCGCCCUCCUCCUCCUCCUCUUCCUCCCCCGAUGGCCUCCCCCCUGCCAAGCUCAGCGUCCUUCAGAGACUGGGCAAGCCCCCUGCCUCCCCACCGCCUGCCGACACCCAGGACAGCCGGGUGACCAGCACCAGAAAUAAGGCCCGACCAGGCCCGGCCCUGGCUAGCCCCAAGGUCACCAGCAGCACCAGGGCUGGAGGAGGGGAGAGUUUUGGGGCUCAGAUGGACGUAGGGUCAGUCAAUGUCUUUAAGAGACUAGGCAGCAGGAGGACCUAACACAUAUCAGGUCAUGUCUAGACUUAAACAGUACCUUUUUAUUAUUUGGUAUUAUUCCCCCUACGUGUGUGUUAUUAUAUCCAACCGUAGAGGUUUGAGACGACCACUGCAAUCGGCCUGGGUGAAUGAACAUUUUGGAUGUUGCAUCAGGUUUUGAAAGGUAAGUUUAGUUUCUAUAGGCAUAAAUUGACCCAUCCGAGCUAACUACAUUUUUAAGUUGGACACAUACAGACGAAAGAUAGCCACGCUAUGGUGCGGUAUUCACUCUCUGCAUUUUCUCCACGCUGCUGUUCCUCUCCCUCUGCCAAACAAGGAGAUUAAAACUGCUGUACCCAUCUCUAGCUUUUAGUUGUAUUGUUUUAUACUAUUGUUAUGGCAUGGCACCAACACAGUGGCCUCUUGACCUCAUAUGCCUCCAGUUGGGGAUGCCAUCCGUUAAACCCCCCCCCCCC